GCCCUCUGCAAGAACUCAGAAAGCCCAGUUUUUUUCCAUUCCCUUUUAUCAUAUUCUUGUUGAUUCACACUGCAUCACAAUCAGAUCAUCUCCAAAACGACAAAAGCUAAUUCAAUAAUGACAAGAAAAGAACACACCCCCAUCUUUAUAUAAUCCUCCUUUCCUCUCACACACACUCUCCCACCUCACCUUUGCUGCUUGGCCAUGGCUGCCAUUGUAAAGAUCUUAGCUUUUCUCACUUUCUUAGCACAUUCAGCCCAGUCCCAUUUCUCCUCUUCUUCUUCUUCUUCUUCUUUGUCAGCUGCUGACAGAAUAUCUGAGCUUCCUGGGCAGCCCAGUGUUGGCUUCCACCAGUAUUCUGGCUAUGUCUCUGUUGAUCAAAGGGAGGAGAGAGCCCUCUUUUACUACUUUGUUGAAGCUGAGAUUGACCCUGCUUCAAAGCCUCUUGUUUUAUGGCUCAAUGGAGGUCCUGGCUGUUCUUCAUUGGGAGUUGGGGCUUUCUCUGAAAAUGGGCCUUUUAGGCCUAGUGGGAAUGGGCUGGUUAGGAACGAGCAUAGCUGGAAUAGAGAAGCAAAUAUCUUGUAUUUGGAGUCACCUAUUGGGGUGGGGUUUUCAUAUGCUGCAAAUUCUUCCUCUUAUGAUGGUGUGAAUGACAAGAUCACAGCUCAUGACAACUUGGUGUUCCUGCAAAACUGGUUCCUUAGAUUCCCACAAUACAAAGACAGGAGCUUGUAUAUCACAGGAGAGAGCUAUGCUGGCCACUACAUUCCCCAACUAGCAGAGCUAAUGCUACAAUCCAACAAAAAAAGACAAGAAUUCAACUUGAAAGGAAUUGCACUAGGAAAUCCAGUUCUUGAAUACGCAACCGACUUCAACUCAAGGGCCGAAUUCUUCUGGUCGCACGGCCUAAUCUCCGAUACAACGUACAGAAUGUUCACUUCCUCGUGCAACUACUCGCGGUACGUCAGCGAAUACUACAGAGGCUCCCUCUCCCCAAUCUGCUCCAAGGUUAUGAGCCUUGUCACUACUGAAACCAGCAAGUUUGUGGACAAAUACGACGUCACUCUCGAUGUCUGCAUCUCGUCUGUGCUCUCUCAAUCCAAGGCUCUUGCUCCUCAGCAAGUCACUGAGAGCGUUGACGUGUGUGUGGAGGACAAGACUGUGAAUUACUUGAAUCGGAAGGAUGUUCAGAAGGCCUUUCACGCUCGUCUCGUUGGAGUCAACCGGUGGCUCGUCUGCAGCAACAUUUUGGAUUACGAACUGCUUGAUCUCGAGAUACCUACGAUCAACGUGGUGGGGAGGAUAAUCCAGGCGGGAAUCCCGGUGUUGGUAUACAGUGGUGAUCAAGACUCGGUCAUACCUCUAACUGGGAGUCGAAGGCUCGUACACAGGCUGGCGCGGGCGUUGAAAUUGCGUUCGAGCACGCCUUAUCGGGUGUGGUUUGCUGGGAUGCAGGUUGGAGGAUGGACUCAGGUCUACGGCGACAUCCUCUCGUUUGCAACGAUCCGCGGAGCGUCUCACGAAGCUCCGUUUUCGCAGCCGGAGAGGUCCCUUGUGCUGUUCAAGGCGUUUCUAGAAGGCAGGCCUCUACCUCAAGAAUUCUAAGAGAAAAUCUCAAAUUGAAAUUGUAAAGAAUUUAAAUUUGUUAAUUUGUUGUGUUUUCUGGAAAUCAAGAAGUGUAAGAAGAAUGAAGGAAUGAAGUGUGCCAUUUAAUGGCAGUUUUUGUCAUAA